UACUUAACAUUUGCACAUACAAACUUUUGAACAGUUGAGAAAGCAAGGUUAUAGGUAUCAAAUACGGCGAUGCCGGAUGGUGGCGGCAACUGCAUCGGCGUCUUCUAGACGGGCGAAGACGAUGUCGGACUUUAUACAGUUAGAUAUAGCCGGUCGGAUUGUGUGAGAGGGAUGAAAGGUGGGCUCCGCAGUUUCUUAGCCUUGCGCAAUAGAUAAAAAGUUACUGGGGCGAUAUGGACUACGACUUCAGUUUCUCCUCCUCUCUUAUAUUUCUGCCUCUAGAUAGACAAUUGGGAUCCCGGACUCAAGAUCUGCACGGUCAAUUCGAUCCAGAGUCGAAUUUCCCAGUAUGCCGUGUCGUUCACAGCUCUUCCGUGCCUUGAGAGCACCCGCCUCCUGCUCCGGUAGCCGGAGGACUGUUUCUCUAAGGACCAACAUCCUCGAGAGAAGCCUUGCCCACUCAAGAACGCCCGCCCGAUGCAUCGCGACUACAGCCCCGAGGCUCAUCUCCCAAACUCGGGCACAGCAAAGCAAGCUGACAUCCGAGACGUACCCGCAACUCGAGCGCGACGCCCGGUUCGCCCAGGUGACCCCCGAGCACGUUGCGAGGUUCCGUGAGAUCUUGGGUAACAACCCCUCGGCCAUUAUUGACGGAAUCACGGGCGGCGGAGCGGGCGUCGACGCGGCCGACUUUGAAACGUACAAUGAGGACUGGAUGCACAAGUACAAGGGCCAGUCGAAGUUGGUGCUGCGUCCAGGCACCACCGACGAAGUUAGCGGCAUCCUCAAGUACUGCAAUGAACAGCGUUUGGCUGUCGUACCCCAGGGAGGAAACACGGGCCUUGUGGGAGGCUCCAUUCCCGUUUUCGACGAGAUCGUCAUUAGUAUGGCUCGCAUGAACGAGAUUCGUUCAUUCGACGAAGUCAGUGGUUCACUUGUUAUUGACGCCGGCUGUGUGCUCGAGACUGUCGACUCAUACCUUGCCCAAAAGGGUUAUAUCUUUCCUCUCGACCUCGGCGCCAAGGGCUCGUGCCACGUCGGUGGAAACGUCGCCACAAAUGCUGGCGGUCUGCGAUUGCUCCGUUAUGGGAGCUUGCAUGGCACCGUCCUCGGUGUUGAGGCUGUUCUGCCUAAUGGUACCGUCAUCAAUGACCUGUGUACCCUGCGAAAGAACAACACCGGCUACGAUGUGAAGCAGCUCUUCAUUGGUGCAGAGGGAACUUUGGGAAUUAUUACAAAGAUCGCUAUUCAAUGUCCCCAGCGAUCUCCCGCUGUUAACGUUGCUGUGUUUGGCAUAGAGUCGUAUGAUAAAGCUCAGCUUGCCUUCCGUGAGGCUAAGAAGCAGCUAUCAGAAAUUCUAUCUGCAUUUGAGCUAAUGGACGGCCGCAGCCAGAGAAUCGUUUCAGAGGUCAAGGGCCAGGAGCAUCCCCUCGAAGGAGAAUACCCUUUCUACUGCCUGAUUGAGACGAGUGGUUCCAACGGCGAGCAUGACUACGCAAAGCUAGAGACCUUCCUUGAGGAUGUCAUGACCCGAGAAGUUAUUGCCGACGGUGUCGUCGCCCAGGACGAGACGCAGCUUCGCAACCUGUGGGGUUGGCGUGAGGGCAUCACCGAGUGCCUUGGCCACUGGGGCGGCACCUACAAGUACGAUAUCUCUAUUCCCCUCGACGAGAUGUAUACCAUUGUUGAAGAUACCAAGGCUCGUCUGAUUGAUCUGGGUCUUCUGGGUGACACGUCUGACCACCCGGUUGUUGACGUACUUGGCUAUGGCCAUAUGGGCGAUUCCAAUCUGCACCUCAACAUUCCGGUGCGUCGUUACGAUCCUGCAGUUGAGAAGGCCCUGGAGCCUUGGGUAUACGAAUGGAUUCAGAAGCGUAGUGGUAGUAUCAGUGCUGAGCAUGGUUUGGGAAUUGCGAAAAAGAAAUUUAUCGGUUACAGCCGAGACGACACAACGAUUGGUCUGAUGAAGCAGAUCAAGAAUCUCUUUGAUCCCCCAUCUGAAAAAACAGCCAUGACCCUCAAACACCCAACUACCCAACGAGGAGCCAAUGCCGCCCUUCCUCACACACCUCCCUGUCAGCCUUAUGGGGCGGACGCUGCAGCUUCUCCACAAGAAGCCGAUGCGCUAGGCCAAAAGUUCCCUUCCAAAGUCCCUGUCGUGGGUCCCUUACCGUUGACGUCGCCAGUCCCAAUCGAUUCCAAUUGGAUUGUUUCGCCAUACCUAGCAUGUGCCGAGCCAUGGCCCUUGAGAGCUUUACACCCGGUGGAUGUUAUGGACUUCCGUGACGUGUGGGGUGAUAGACAGUUGACAGGAUGCCUCAUUGCAACAGAUGCCGGUGACAGUUUAGAUGACAUCCUGCAACUCAUCCUCCUUAUCAAGAUAAAUAUGGUUGGCGUCCCUGGGAAAUACAAAGGCUGCGAAACUUGCCGGCGUAGAAGAGUCAAGUGCAGCAAUGAGAGGCCCUACUGCCAGAAGUGUAUAUCGAGUGGAAGGCAAUGUGAAGGUUAUGAACGCGAACGAGUCUUCAUCACCGGGACGCCGCAGAACAAAGGCAGAGUAGCCUCGCAUCCGAAGAAAAGCUCAUCCUCCAAGAAGGACAGCUCGCCUUCGUACGAGGAACCUCCUAGAACGCUCGAUAUCACGCCAGUCCAUCCUCUCACCUCAGCCUGGGACGAUCACACACUUGUGUCAAGUCAAGGAGUGGAGUAUUCGGUUCUCGUCUCAGCUUUGCACACCAGGCUUCCAUACACUCUUCCAGAUCAUUCAGCUGAUGGCUCCACACCCUUUCGCAUUACGUUCCCGCCAUAUACACCGACAGACUUACAGUCAUUACUGGGCGAAGGAGACUUUGGUGUAAGAGCACAAUGCUUAGCACGCUUACCGAGCGUAUAUGAGCAAGAUGACUCGGCGCAAAGUUACUGCAUCUUCUUCUUCGAGCAUGAAACAACAUAUGCGUUUGGCGAAUCAGGGUCUCAACAGAUGAGACGAAUGGGGCCGGCCUAUUUUAGUCACUUUCCCAAUCAUCAUUUCUUUGUGCGGGUGUAUCGACCUCUAGCUACCGGCUUCGCUCUCCUGAGGCGACAAGAUACGUUUUUAUCCUCUCCAGAUUGGAAGACUGUCCCGUGGCAGAGACAUCCGAAGUCUCUCCUGGACCAUCUCCUAGACCUUGUUCUUCUGCUGCCAGCCAUCUUUUCUCAAGUUGAUCAAAUUGUUCCGUCAGAACCAACCCUCCAUCGACGGCACAGCGCUCAGCAGCUUCUCCGGGAUUGCCUUUCCCUCGAGAGACAUCUUGAUGCUUGGUUUCAAAUGGCCAACCGUCCCAGUUUUGAACAUCCCGUGGCCUACUGGACUGAGGAGCUUAUCAGUCCCGGAGGUCUUAUUCCUUUCACAAAUUCGUACGCUUUCAGGGACGCAAACACCGGACUUGCCUUCCUAUAUUACUGGAUGACACAGAUCCUCUUUCACCAAUGCAUUGAAAGCUUGCACCGAGCCAUCUACCAGCCAGUCAUCGACGCUUACCCAAAUAUGUGGCCUGACUUGCCAUUCGACUUGCAGAUCGAUCUCAAUCGAUAUCAGCAUGGGCGCAUGUUUGCAGCAGAUAUCUGCCGUGGACUCGAUUCAGUCUUGCAUGACACUGUUCAACCUGAUAUGCUGAUUAUGCCGAUGGCCGUGGCGAUGGAUUUGUACAGAGAUAUUAAUUCGGUUUCGCAGGAUGGCCUCAUGGAGAUCAUGUGGAUCGACAACUUUCGAUCGCGGCUCAUUGAGAAAGGCCAACAUGUUGCCGGUGUUUUACAGAGUCAAACAUGGUCCGAAGUAGCGACUUUCUAACCUCGGGGACAAUUGACAUGUCCCUUAUUCAGGAACAUUAGUCAUGCGCUUACCUUGUACCCCUUCUCCUAUUUUCUUUGCCUCACGAGAAAUGACAAUUCCAUUCUUUUCAUUCGUCAACAACCAGCUUCGUACACAGUCGAAGUAGGGAGUCGAGAGACAUAUAUAGACUGCGAGACUGCAAAAAUGAAUUAAUGGGGCUAUGAUAGUUAAUUUCAGUAUACAAGCACUAAGCGGAGUAUAUGAAACCAAGAUGCGAUCAAUUGUUUCCAGGGGCCGAUGGUUGUUUGCACGGAUUUGAAGUCUAUAUAAGCAUGUAGAAGGGAGCCAGCAGGAAGGAGAGGUCCGUGCCCAUUAUGCGGAACACGCAACGGUGUUUUUCCGGCCCGUUGCCCGCUAACUGGGGAGCUACAGCUCU